AAACUUACUCAUAUCCCACGUGAUCCAAGAAACGGAACACACCUUACAUUUCAAUGCCGUCCUAUUCACCUGCGCACGAGCGGACCACGGCGACCGUACCUGGCCACUCCAUCGUGGGCCGUGGCCCUCUCUCGCGUCCGCCGCCGUCUCCCUCUAGGUAUCCUCGCCGCGACGCCCCCCUGUCGCCGUCUCCUCCGGCCAGCCAGUCGCCGCCGCCGCCCCCCUGCUCCCGGCGCGGCACGGUACCCCCUCGUCCCGCUGGCUCAGCCCGCGAGCGGCCCUCCUCCCAUCCAAACCCCCAGUGAGCCCGGCCUGGACACGUAGUUGGAUCAUUUUUUUUCUCCACCGUUCGAUCGAGAUAAGAUAUAGCAAUAGCACGAGGUAGCCUUUUUUGUCUGUUGGUCCCUUCGCCGAUGGACGAAACCCUAGGCGUCGAAGCCGCCGCAGUGGCGGCGGAGACGCCGGAGCGGAAGAAAGAGACGCUCGAGGAGGUGCUCUCGAGGCACAGGAAAGAGAAAUCCAAACUCCAGGAUAAGGAAACAAGCAUGAAGAAAGCAGCUGCGAAAGGAAGCAAAGCUGAGCAGAAGGCUAAGAAAAAGCAGGUGGAGGAAGAAAUAUCACACCUCUCAGCUGAGUUAGAGGCGAAACAUGCUGCAGAGCUUGCUUCUUUUGGGUACAAACCCUCAGGCAGCUCAGAAAAGGGAAACAUUGACAACUUAGUGAAGGCCAUAGCUGGUGUUUCCAUGUCCAGCAAUUCGGAUUCUGCAAAGCCCAGCAAGGGUGCACGGCGGCGAGAGAAGAAGGCAAAGGAAGAAGCUGCUCGGGAGCAGCGGAUUCAAGAAGAACAAAGCAACCUUGUUAGCGAUCGCAUGAUAGAAGAUGAGAAGCUUGAAAGGAAACUUGAGCCCUUGAGGCUGACCAUCCAGGAGAUAAAGCCAGAUGGCCACUGCCUAUACCGUGCUGUCGAAAACCAGCUUUCACUUCAUUCCAAUGGCGCUACACGGUACAAUUACCAGGAGCUACGGCAAAUGACAGCCAAGUAUAUGCGGGAGCAUGCUGCCGAUUUCCUUCCAUUUUUCUUGGCAGAAGGCAAGGUCGAGACUGGACCAGAUCCCUCCGAGAGCUUUGAGAGGUACUGUCAGGAGAUUGAGUCCACUGCUGCUUGGGGUGGGCAGCUGGAGCUCGGUGCACUGAUCCACUGCCUCAAGAAGCAUAUUGUGGUCUACUCGGGCUCCUUACCGGACGUGGAAAUGGGCAAAGAAUACAAAUCUGGAUCUGGAGGUAGUAGCGCUGACGACGCAAGCAUCAGGCUGUCCUAUCACAGGCACGCCUAUGGUCUUGGUGAGCACUACAACUCGGUGAUUCCAACCGAGUUAUCUUAACAAAGAAAUUCAAUGAUCUCUAAUAUGUUUAAUUGUUUACCCGUGGUGCCUGUCAGAGUCUAAACACAAUAGUUGAUUAGUUUUCGGUUGCUCUUACGUUUUCCAUCUUAUCAUCAGUCGAUGAAGGUUGAGUGUACCAAUCAAAGCUGUACUCGGGAGUUUGUUUCCCAAACAAUUUUGCUCUCAGUGAUAUGUUUGAUGGGCUAAGGUUGUGUA